AUGUCGGAGCACCACAGCCAGCGCAGCAGCAGUGAGCUCCAGUCCAUCAGCGAAUGCAGCGAUCAGGCCCUCAUCCAAGGACACGCGACAGCGAUGCAGGACUUCGACGCAAGCCGGCGCAGCAGCGAGUCUGGCGGACAAGGGCACGCGAAAUCCUUGGACUACUCCGACCGCCAGACUGCACGUGGGCACCCUCGCAGCUGCGAGGCCGCCGAACGCAGCAGCGAGAGGGUCCGCGCCCAGCUCCGAGGCCGGAUUGCCUCGGCGCGGCGAGUGCGCUGGCAGACUCAGGCGCUCAUAGCGCUCGCCGGUGUCUUGCUCAACUGCUCGAGCUGGGGCUCGCGGUACUACUCCGCCUGUGGGGUCGCCGUCGUCUUUGGCCACACCCUCCUGCUGAUCGCACUUCCAUCGUCCCAGUCGCUCCUUCUCCGGUUGGCCAGCGCGUGGUACGCGGGUCUCCACCUUGCAACUUUGCGUCGGCUACACUUUGCGGACAAGGCGUGGGGCUUUCGCAGCCACGCCGGCUUGGCCCUCGCCGGCCUUGUCUGCGCCGCAGGCGCUGUAGUCACGGCCUUCCUCGCGGCUGCGCCGCGCAUCCCGCCGCCAAAGCGCCUCAACUGCCUCAUCGGCUGGAUGCGGCUCGCCCUUGGACUUCGCGGCGCUGAGCUGGUGGCGCACGGGCUGUGCCUCUUCGGCAAGGGCGAGGUGGAGACUCAGGAUGCCGCGUGCAAGCUCGCCGUCGCGGGGUCGCACCUUGUCUGUGCCUGUGUCCUGCUCGGCCCGCACGCGAGAGCACGCGCGGUCGAGCUGCUCACGCGGCUGGGCGCCACAGAGGAGGAGCGGGCGGCGACGCUCCUCGCCUCCGCCAUCGGGCACCACCGGCCGUCCGAGCUGCUCCCGAUGGCGGCGGCGAGCUUCCGCUCGGUCCGCUUCGACCUGCUGCGGCCCUCCGACCUCGACGGCAGCCACCCCGCCGCCUCGGAGGGGCGCGCGGAACGGUGCUCGCUCGGGCAGUGCGACGCGUUUGUGUCGCACGCGUGGAGCGACCCGGCGGGGCCAAAGUGGGACGCACUGGCGGCGUGGGCAGCCGACUUUGAGCGGGGGCACGGCCGCCCCCCCCGCCUGUGGCUCGACCGGCUCUGCCUCGCGGGCGACCAGCGCAGCGCCUCCGAGGCGCUGCCUUGCCUGCCAAUCUACCUGUCGGGGUGCGAGACGCUGCUCGUCCUCGCAGGGCCCUCCUGGUGCUCGCGCAUGUGGUGCGCGUUUGAGCUCUUCGCUUUCUACGCCUUUGGCGCGCCCACCGACCGCGUCUGCGCCGUGCCGUUCUGCGCGGGGUGCAUGUACGUGCUGGACGCAUCCAGGACACUUGGGUGCCGCAACUACAGCCCCGCGGCGUGCUCCGAGUCCGACGCCCCGCCGUCGCGCGCGCCCUCCGCCGCGCUGCUCGCCGCGUGCGCCGACUUUGACGUGAAGCAGACGCGCUGCUACUUUCCGGAGGACCGGAUCGCCUUGCUGGCCGCCAUCGAGGCGUCCUUCGGGGUCGAGCCCUUCAACCAGUGGACUCGCUCGGUGCUGUCGACGCGAGUCAAGGCCCAGGCGAGGCACGCCAGAGGCCUCUCGUGCAAGCGCGCCGAUUGUGCCGCGCCAGCCUCGCCGGGCGCCGGUGCACGAGUACGUAACGCGAAAAAUCGCGCCGCGGCAAAAAGCAGGAACAUUGAGUAUCACUUGUCGAACCGCAGCCGCGCCACCUCGCUGCGCAGCGCCUACAAGGAGACGGCGGCGAGACGCUUCACCGCAGAAGGUUCCGAGAAGGCAUGCGGCCAGGCAUGCGAGCCGAUGCAGCUGCCGGGAGGCCCGCGGCCGCAGGGCAUGAUGCCGCCGCAAGGCGCGCCGCCGGGAGGGCCGCCGCAGGGCAUGAUGCCGCCAAUGUAG